AUGGCAAAGGGCGAAGACUUCUGGAAGGAAGAGCUUGCGCCCUUCCAAACAUCAUCAUGUUUUCCUGUUAUCUCAACAAUUUCUUCUGGGAGUAAUGACCAUGAGAUAAUCAAUACAAAUUUUCAGCUGCCUCACAAUGAUGCGUUGGACAAUACACUGGCAUCCAAGCUUCAACUUGCAUGGGCUUUUGUCAUCUCUCAGUAUACAAUGUCGCUGGAGGUCAUAUUUGGCUUUGCUGCAUCUGGUCGAGACGUGUCGCUUGGAGAGACAUAUAGCAGUACCAGCCAAGCAAUGUCGAUUGUUCCAUUCGGUGUUCAACUCAAGUCUAAAGUGACGCUUGAGUGGCUCUCUCGGUCCCUCGCGCUCCUAUUGCGGAGGAAGUACCACAUCAGACCGGGCAGUUAUGUUCCUGUCUAUGCCACAAAGUCGAAAUGGACACUUGUUGCGGUGAUGGCUAUCUUGAGGACUGGAGGGGCGUUCGUACUUCUAGCCUAUCCACAACAAAGCCAUAGACUGGCUGUUCUGGUCCAAACUGUCAAGGCUACUGUCGUAAUUACAACAACCGCGGAUGAAGUCAAUUUCCCGGAACUCCAUAUCAGCUGGCUCACUUUGACAAACGGUACCCAAGAUCUGAUCAACACAUGCGACGACUCGCUCGAGAUGACGGCAUCUCCUAAUGAUCCGGCGUAUAUCAUGUUCACAUCUGGCUCGACUGGGAAGCCGAAAGGAAUUGUCAUACCUCACACUGCUAUUGCUACCAAUGCAGUAAUUGCUGGUAAGAAACUUCUCUACAAUGAAGAGUCGCGCAUCUUUCAUUUUGCGUCUUAUGCCUUCGACGUGAGCAUCUCAGAGAUUUUCUACACAUUAGUCCAUGGAGGAUGUGUCUUGAUACCCAAGGAGUCCGAAAUGCACGAUAACUUGCCACAAGUGGUCUCCACAUACGGCGCAAACAAGAUGGCAAUCUCACCAUCCUUAUUGCGUUCCCUAAGUCCUCAUAAUCUUCCGUCGAUGAAAAGUAUUACAGUGGGAGGCGAAGCACCGCAGCUCCCCGAAAUUGAGUUGUGGUCAGAACAUGUCGUGAUCAAUUCCUAUGGUCCUGCUGAGUAUGCUGUACAGACCACGGCUAAUUUUGGGAUCAAACCCAGUGACGAGCCCAUGAAUAUUGGGCGGUCUCAUAUCGCAGCCUGCUGGAUUGUAUCGAAGGAUGACACGGAGAAACAAGUACCUAUUGGUGCUAUUGGGGAGCUCUUAAUCGAAGGCCCUAUAGUUGGGAUGGGAUACCUCGACGAUCCUGAAAGAACUUCAAAAGCGUUUAUCGAGGCACCAAGCUGGCUCAAGUCUUUAAGAGGAGUAGAGAGACUGAAAUGCUACAGAACUGGAGAUCUGGUGAGAUACAGCUCAAGUGGAGAUGGGCCACUCGUCUUCAUGGGACGGAAGGGUAAUCAGGUCAAGCUACGUGGGCAACGGAUAGAACUCGGCGAGGUUGAAUUCCAGGUUCGCCGACUGUUCGAAUCCGCUAAAGAUGUCGCUGUGGACGUUGUCAAUCCAGGGAAAUCACAUUAUUUUCUCUUGACAGCAUUAAUAGACACUGGUGCUAGCUCAGGGGCUGUCACUGUCGUACCGGACACAAAGCCAAGAGAAGCAGAUGCCACGGGGAUACCGAGAAUCGACUUUGCAGGAACUUGUCGCGGAUACUUGAAGAUCGAUGUGGACGAUGUCGGUAAGAAUGACCACUUCUUUUACCUUGGUGGAGACUCAAUUAGUGCUAUGAGACUUUGUGGAGGUGCUAGACUAAAGGGCCCGUCACUUGCCGUUGCUGAUAUAUUCAAUCAUCCGCAACUCGAUGAGCUUGCUGCCACAAUAGGCGAGAGUGACACAACAGAAAGAGACGGAAUACGGCCCUUUUCCCUUCUCGAUGGGGAUCGCGAUAAGCUCAUCAAGCUUGGCUUACCAUACGUAUCUAGCAUUGAUCUUGAGAAGGCAAAGUCAUUCUGGGUGAAGGAACUCGCCGACUGUGUCGCUCCGGCCUUUCCAAGGCGCUCGCACCACACCACAGGAAACGGGUCCAUGGGGAAUCUGUCGUACACAUUUGAAUUUAAUCACAAUCGCAAUUUGAAGAAUUCAACAAUGUCCACAAUUAUCAAACUUACCUGGGGACUUACAGUCUCACAAUAUCAUGGUUCGCAGGAGGUUGUUUUUGGAAAUGUCAGCUAUGGAAGGGCCGCGCCAGUCCCUGGAAUCGAGCACUUGACUAGUCCUAUUCUUGUCACGGCACCAGUACGCAUCACAAUCGAUGAAGAGCAAGCCGUUCAGGAUGCAUUAGAGAGUGUCCAGGUGAAGAUGACGAAAACGAUCCCCUAUGAGCAGGUUGGUCUGCAUAACAUUCAACAAUGGACGCCCGGCCCCGCUAGCGACGCCCAAAAUCUCCUGGUUAUUCAAACAGGAGAUGAAAAUAAUGCCUCGACUCUGGAACAGGGAGCUUUAUACACCCUAUCAUCAGAUACGGUUGAAAAUACCCGCAAUGGUACCUAUCCUCUCACUAUUAUGUGCACCCCUGAAUCUACAGGAGCGAAGCUCUCCACGAUUUUCGACACCGAAAAGGUCAAAAAGCUCAAGUCUCUUAACUCUCGGGAUGCCGAAGAACUGCAAAGUUGGAAUGGUGCCAUACCCGAGCCCGUUCAUAAAUGUCUGCAUGACCUCGUUACUACACAAGCUGUUAAUUUUCCAACUUUCGAGGCCGUAUGCUCCUGGGAUGGUAGCCUCACGUACUCUGAAUUGGGUCAGCUAUCCUCUGGGUUGGCUGCACAAUUGUCAAAACGCGACAUUGGCCCUGGUGUUGUAGUUGCCGUGUAUAUCCCAAGAUCGUUAUUGCUCCCUGUUGUCCUAGUGAGCGUCCUCAAAACCGGUGCGGCAUUCUUAAUUCUCGAUGUCGAGCAGUCUCAAGAAAGAUUUCAUUCUCUGUGUGUGAAGGCACAGGCUUCGCUGGCUGUGUGUCUGAGCUCUGAUGCUCCUUUUACAUCGCGCCUCUGGCAUCAUUGCAUCGAUCCGACUCCGUCAGCGCAUCGCAAACCUCGAACUAUGCGUUUACGAGAAGAACGACGAUAUCGGAGGAACGUGGUUAGGGAAUCAAUCAAGGAUCGGGCCAAUGGCUCAGUCUACUCGGAUCAAUGCAACAUCCUGAUAUCUGCCACCGGCGCCUUAAAUGCUUGGAAGUGGCCAGAUAUUCCGGGCCUUGCUGACUUCCAGGGGAAGUUGAUGCACAGUGCAAGGUGGGACGAAGGGUAUGACUAUACCGUGAGUUUUCCGUGUAUUGAACAUGAACUCCAAUCUGUUCACAACGUGACGAGAAUCGGAACUCCGGAGCAGGUCGAAGCUCGAGAUGUCAUUGCGAAGAGCAUGCAAAAACGGUUGGCCCGAAAGCCCGAGCUAUUCGAUAAACUCCUCCCCUCUUUUCCACCUUUUUGCCGCCGUAUCACCCCCGGACCCAGAUACCUUGAAGCUCUGACAGACGAGAAUGUUGACGUAAUAACAACCAAUAUCGUCAAAGUCAAAACAGAUGGCAUCGUCACUGCUGACAGUGCCCUUCACCGUACCGAUGUCCUUGUCUGCGCGACGGGCUUUGAUACCUCGUUCACGCUUCGAUUCCCUGUCCUGGGGCGUGGCGGCCUCUCAUUGUCAGAGCGCUGGGAAAAGACGCCCGAAACAUACCUCUCCGUAGCGGUGGACGAUUUCCCGAAUUACUUCAUCUGUUUCGGACCUAAUUCCGCAUUAGGAGAAGGCAACCUGCUGAUUGUAAUCGAGAAGUCGACUGACUACAUCAUCGCCUGCGUGGAGAAGAUGCAGAGAGAUAACAUCCUGACCAUGCGUCCCAGGAAGGAGGCCGUGGGCCUGUUUACCAAGUAUUGCGAUCAGCAUUUCUCCCGAACGAUGUUCGGCCAAGGAUGCUCCUCUCUCCAUGCAAUGAAAGUGCUGGGUCAUCCCCGGUGGGAGGAUUUCGCCUACGAAUAUGUCAACGACAAUCCCAAUGGAUGGCUUGGGGAUGGACGCACGCUGAAUGAGAAGAACAAGGCCAUUGACGUAGCUUAUCUCAAUGACGAACAGAUUGACUUCCCACCGGCUGUGGUUGAAGUGAUAACCUUCGCGACCAUUAUACGGAUUGCAACCAUCGCGGCGACCGAAGAAUCCCGGAGACGGGCCAGAGAGGCAGACGCCGUCAUGCUUGCGAAUCGGCAAUGUACUUCUAUGAAACUGCGAUGCGAUGGAAUGAGUCCAUGCGGGUCCUGUACGAAACGCGGUUACCAAUGCAACAAUGAACGCAAAGAUCACAAAGCAUCCCGCGGCCUCGGGACGAGCGCGGCACACCGCCAGAACGACAAUGUCCGGUCGACGACUCAGCAGCCCAUACCUUUAGAUCCAGUGAUACCGCAUGAGGAAAAGGACCACCAACCGCCAUCGGAUCGGGGCUCGAUCAGGUUUCUCCUAAAUGGUGGUACCGACAGUUUCACGGAGAGGUUCAUGCUUCCGCCGCGGGGUGACCGAGCUCGUGGCCUUGAGUAUCAUACGCAAAGGGAGCUAGAGGCAAGUCAAGGCUCGAUGAUAAGCUAUCCCGGCUUGAAGGCCGAGCCGCCAGUAUUCUUGGAUUCCGACCCCGCGACGCUCUCGUUCUCCCGGGAUAAUUUCCUUGAAUUCUUCAACGGGCCGUUUGGCGCUCCGAAUAAAUCGAUGGAAGACCUCUAUGCCGACGAGAUUCCUUUCCAGGUGGUGAUGCCUCCGAUGCAGGACCCCCGAUUUGCGUCACUCGGACACGAACCCCUGCAUGAACCGGAACGACCGUUCGCGAUGGAAUUAAUCCGUGCCAUUCAUACCAAAGCCUACACCGUUGCGCUGGAUCCUAAAACGCAGCAAGAAAUCGCUGCUGGGGCGAACUACUUGCUGACAACAGCGCGGAUCCGUAAAUUCGUUUCCAUGUAUUUCAAGUUCUGGCAACCCAGCUGCUCCAUGCUCCAUCAACCGUCCUUUGAUCCGGAAAUCGUUUCCCUGCCAUUACUCAUUGCUGUAGUUUUCAUGGGAGCCAUGUACUCGGAUGAUGCGACAGAACUCCACUUUGCCAGGCGUCUGGUGGACUUCGCAGAGCUCGUGGUAUUUUCUAGUGACAUCUAUUCUUGCGAGAACGAGAUUGGCUUGGCGUUCGGUGGACGUCGCAACACGGAAAUCGACGCAAAUGACUGGUCCAUGUUCCAGAACUUCCAGGCCGGGUUCAUCAUUGUGGUUGCGCAGUACUGGGGUGGAACCCGGGUAUCACGAAACCGCGCCAUGGAAAACCGGUUCAGCGAGGUCAUCAAAGUUGCACGCAGGAUUGGUCUUCCUAAAUCUCGGCAUCAGCUAGAAGAACGCACGCACGAGGGCCUGUGGAUCCAGAAAGAGUGCCGAAUUCGCUCCAUGUCGUACAUCUCGCUCCUCGACUGCGCCUUUGUAUUCUACCAAAACUACCCCUGCCGGUUAUCCCACACCGAGAUGGAGAGCGACUUCCCCUGCGCCGAGGCCGUCUUCGCCUCGGGGCAUCCAUUCCAAGAGCCCAAGUUCCAGCUUAUGCGGGAGUUUAACAUAAGCGACACCUUCCAAAGCCUCUUCCACGAGCACAGCAGCAAGACUUCGUCGCCAUCGGGAUUCAGCAUGUCUGGUGUUAAUAUGCUAUCAGGCCUCACUUUCCUCGACAUGUUCAUUCUCAUCCACAUGCUCUACGCCUUCACAAACACACACGUGACGCUUCUCUCCACGCUGCUCCGCAGAUCUCGGGUUCCAAUUCCGCAAGCUGCUCGCGACCCUGCGACCGGCAAACGCCGUCAAUCCGCAAUCCCAGAGGACUCGACUCUGUCUGCUAUCCGCAUCGCGUUGAAGAAGUGGCAUGAAUGCUGGAUGGCGCUCAGCAGCACCAUUUCUCAAGAAGAGUGGGCGUCCAUGGGCUUCUACCGCAAUGCUUAUAACUUCUGGCUCGUUGCUGGGCUCCUGAUUAACCACAAAGAGAGCGUUGAUGUGGUUAUGCAGAUGGAGGUCAAGUGUGAGGAUAAGUUGCAGAAGUUGAGUGUUUUAUUACAAGAUGAGAAUGAUUGA